UCAUAAUUCAUCAAGACCCAACAUCAUCACAAAGCCAUUUUUUAUUUCCAUCUAAAACGAUGACAUUACAGGCCAAGGGAUUUGUGGAUGAGAUGAGGAUGGUGUCCAUGAGAUUGCAUACCAGAGAGCAGGCAAGAGAGGGAGAGAAGAAGGAAGUGAAGGGGCCACAGGAUAGGUCAGUCUCCAAGUGGGAUCCAACCAUUGUUGGGUAUCUGAGGUUUCUUGUGGAGAGCAAGUUGGUGUAUGAUGCACUUGAGUGCAUUGUUGACAAGUCUGAUUUCCCUUACUAUGCUGAACUGAGGAACACUGGCCUGGAAAGAUCGGAGCAAUUGGGGAGAGACCUUGAGUGGUUUAAAAGCCAAGGCUAUGGAAUCCCAGGGCCAUCUGGUCCAGGUGUGAACUAUGCAUUUUAUCUUCAACAACUGUCAGCAAAAGACUUGCCUGCCUUUAUCUGCCACUUCUACAAUUUUUACUUUGCCCACACCGCUGGCGGUCGAAUGAUAGGCAAAACGGUUGCUGAGAAGUUACUCAACAAGAAGGACUUGGAGUGCUACAAGUGGGAUGGAGAGCUCAAGCAGAUUUUGCAGAAUCUGAGGGACAAAAUCAAUAAAGUUACUCUGGGCUGGACUAGGGAGGAGAAGAAUCAUUGUUUGGAGGAAACAGAACGAUCUUUCAAGUACUCAGGAGACAUCCUCCGUUUUAUAUUGUCACCGGCGUCAACUGGGGCACAUACGUAAAUGUUGGAUGUAGUUUCUUCAUUUUAUCAGUU